UGGGAGUGCCUGGGGCCCUGCCAGCGUUGACAGAGCUGCAGGUUCGCAACAACCCGGUGUUACGGCAGCUGCCGCCCAACCCGUUCACCGCAUGCCCGGGGCUUGUACGCCUGGAGUUGGCAGGUGCACCCGCUGCCGGCGCUCUGCCUCCGGGCUGCUUCACCGGUCUCCCAGCGCUUGAGACCCUAGACCUGAGCCAGACGGGUCUGCCCGCCUUCCCCGUCGAGCUGCUGCAGCUGCCGCGGCUGCGGGUGCUGCUGCUGGCGUCCAACCGGCUGGAGCAGCUGCCACCCGAGGUGGCCAACAUGACAAGGCUUGAGGAGCUCCACCUGUGCAACAACAGCCUGGCCUCGCUGCCCCCGCAGCUGGGCCUGCUGGGCUCCUCGCUGCGCUCGCUGGGGCUGGAGGGCAACCCGCUGCGCACGCUGCGGCGACCCAUCCUGGAGCGAGGCACGGCGGCGGUGCUGGCUUACCUCAAGGACCGCAUACCGGCGACGACGUAGGGCAGGGAGAGAAGAGGAGGGGGAUAUGACGGCGACGGUGGUGCUGCUGGUGGUGGGAUUUGCUGGAGCAAGACGUGUGGCGAGGGUUUGCUUUGUGUGGGGCGUGAGAUAGGCAUGUACGGGUGAGUGCAUUGCGAGGUUAUGCAAUGCAGGAUUGGGUUUGGGUGGCGGGUUAGACGAUGAAGGGUCGUAACUAGAGGGCUUUGGAACAUGCGGCUGGUGCAACGUAUGGGAAUUCGACAACCAUUCCCGGCCGGCACUCGGCGGGCGGGGCAUUACUUUUCUUCGCGUGAAGCCAAGUGUUGCCCACCCCCGGUAACCGCCCUAAAUUGCCAGGACUAGUACGAGCAGCAGUGUGGCACGCAGCGCCCGUGUGAGGACGAGGCUACUGCGCUUCUGUCCCUUCCCUUACGGCUAGGGUGUAUGCGACCGCAGGCUAGGGCUGUGUGUCCCAAUGCGGCACCCUACCGUGUAUGUACGGUGUUGCUGUAUCUAUUUAAGAUCGAUAUGCGGAAGCGAGCGGAAGUAAACUAUC